GCGCCGGAAGUAGGUAGGGUUUCGCCAGAGACCCCGGAAGCGACGGCUUCUAGUGUUUGCUAAGGCUUCCCGUUUUUUGCUACGGUUUCUGACUUCGGCUUUGGGAUGGGUUGCGACGGAGGCACAAUCCCCAAGAGGCACGAGCUGGUGAAGGGGCCGAAGAAGGUCGAGAAGGUUGACAAAGAUGCUGAACUGGUAGCCCAAUGGAACUACUGUACUCUAAGUCAGGAAAUCCUGAGGCGCCCAAUAGUUGCCUGUGAACUUGGCAGACUGUAUAACAAAGACGCUGUCAUCGAGUUUCUGUUGGACAAAUCUGCUGAGAAGGCCCUAGGGAAGGCGGCAUCACACAUCAGAAGCAUCAAGAAUGUGACAGAGCUCAGGCUUUCUGACAACCCUGCCUGGGAAGGAGAUAAAGGGAACACCAAGGGUGACAAACAUGAUGACCUCCAGCGAGCGCGGUUCAUCUGCCCUGUGGUGGGCCUGGAGAUGAACGGCCGGCACAGGUUUUGCUUCCUCCGAUGCUGCGGUUGUGUGUUUUCUGAACGCGCCUUGAAGGAGAUAAGAGCUGAAGUUUGUCACACGUGUGGGGCUGCCUUCCAGGAGGAAGACGUCAUUGUGCUCAAUGGCACCAAGGAGGAUGUGGAGAUGCUGAAGAAGAGGAUGGAAGAGAGGAGGCUAAGGGCCAAGUUGGAGAAGAAAACAAAGAAGCAGAAGACAGCUGAGUGUGCUGCAAAGCCGGGCAUCACCCAAGACUCUGCAGGGCCAUCAAAAGUGAAGGCUGGCAAGCCCGAGGAGGCGGACCCUGACCCUAGAGAGAAGAAAAACACCCUGGCUCCCAGGGGCACAGCAACUAACGGGAGUGCUUCUGGGAAAGUUGGCAAGCCCCCGUGUGGGGCCCUGAAGAGGUCCAUUGCAGACAGUGAGGAGUCCGAGACCUACAAGUCCAUCUUCACCAGCCACAGCUCUGCCAAGCGCUCCAAGGAGGAGUCUGCGCACUGGGUCACCCACACGUCCUACUGCUUCUGAAGUGGCUGGGCCCCCGCCACGGGCUUCCCCUGUGGCCUUCUGUGCCACACUUGCUUGGUGUGGCACUGUACUAUAAAGCUGUCCUCUGCAAUCCUUGACCCGUGUGGUCACUUGCUGUGAGAUCUUAUGGGUUCUGGGAGUGAGAAGUGGCUUGUGACAUGCCUAGCAGCCUGUCCACAGGCCGUACCUCUCCCCUAGCCUGGUGACUCUGCUGCUUGUAUUAGGUGACAAAAAGACUCUGGCUCCUCAGUGUACACUCACCUCAUUUUCUUAUCAUAAUGGUCAAGGAAGGAGUGGCCCUGAGUUUAGGGACAGGCUUCCAGCGACUUAGACCUUGCUCCUCAUGGGGUCUUCUUGCUGAUACAAAGACACCAGAGAGGAGACACGCCUAACUGCCUGGUGCAAGCUAGCACCCUUUUUUCUCGUCUUCCUUCUCUCCCUCCAAUAUCUCAGUAAGGGAGUGACAGCCAUCCCGGUGCCGGUGGCAGGCAGCAAUGGCUCCUUUCCCUCCCCACAGUUAAAAUUGGAACCUGUGGGACACUUCAUGUGGUGGAUCUGCCACUGUAGGCUGGUCCUAGAACCCCGCUCCUGGACUGGGCAGGUGGCUCAUUCAGUGGAUCAAGCACUCACCAUGGACACUUGUGGCCUGAGUUUGGGUCCCCAGAACCUUUAUAAAAGCCCUGUGAGCACAGUAGCCAACCUGGAAUCCCAGCCGCAUUACGGCAGAGGUGAGAUUCCCCCGGCAAGACCCUGAGUUCAGGGUUUAAGGAGAACCUGCCCCAGACACUAGCUGGAGUUAGUCCAUCAUUGAGAGAGUCCCUGUGUCAGCCUCCAGCCUCCACACAUGCCCACAAACCUGCAAACACUUAAAACCAAACAUGGUGGCAUGUCUGUAACCCAGGCUAUCAGAAGACUGAGGCAAGAAGGUCACCACCAUGUCAACGCUGGCAAGGCGAUAGAGCGAGACCUCACCUCAGGAAACAACCCAAGAGAAGCACCUGCCCCGCUGCCCUCAGGUUUGCUACUUGCAGGCGAAAAGGCUUGGCCUCAAAUACACUUGUGUUUGUGCUGGGACAUUGUUGGGGGCACUGUUGUGUGCAGCAAGACAAGGUAUGAGAGAGCAUUGUCCAAGAGAACCUGGGUGCAUGGCCAUUGUACUUAGAAAAUUGAAAUAAAGGCUGUAGAAAUGUUUGGGA